AUGGAGAGAGCCAGUGGAAAGCCCCAAUUCCCAGCAUUUCUGGCAGCACUUCCAGCAGCUCUGGGCUGUGGGAUUUAUGGAAUUCUCCCUUUCCCAGCAGGAAAAUGCGGCGCCUGCGGGCCGGGCUACGCCAGCCCCAUGGAGGCCAUGAAAGGGCCGAGGGAGCAGCUGCUGUACCUGCCCUGCAUCUACCGCAACACCGGCAGCGGCGUCCCCGACUUCCUGGCCACCGUGGAUGUGGAUCCCAAAUCCCCCCAGUACUGCCAGGUGCUGCACCGGCUGCCGAUGCCGCACGCGGGGGACGAGCUGCACCACUCGGGCUGGAACGCCUGCAGCAGCUGCCACGGGGACCCCCUCCUCAUCCUGCCCAGCCUGGUCUCCUCCAGGAUCUACAUCGUGGACGUGGCCACCGACCCCAGGGCUCCCAGGCUGCACAAGGUGGUGGAAGCUGAGCAAUUGGCUCUCAAAGCCAACGCUGCCUUCCCGCACACCUCGCACUGCCUGGGCUCGGGGGAGAUCCUCAUCAGCUGCCUGGGGGACCCUCAGGGCAAUGGCAAAGGCACUUUCAUCCUGCUGGAUGGAGAAACCUUUGAGGUGAAAGGAAAUUGGGAAAAAGGAGAAAAACUCCCCGAGCUGGGCUACGACUUCUGGUACCAACCACGGCACAACGUGCUGCUGAGCACCGAGUGGGGCGUGCCCAGAGCCCUGCUGCAGGGCUUCAACCCUCAGGAUGUGCAGAAAGGUUUGGGAAAAAUAAAUUAA